ACUGAGCCCUUGAAUUGAACUUUCAAUGAGUGCAAACUACAAAUUAUAAAAAUAAAAUGUUGCAGCGAAAAUAAAUGCAAUAAUUGGCACUGUUACCUACAAGUGGGAGUUCAGGAACAUAUAUAAAAAAAAUCAUCAUAUAUAAAACUUAGUAAAAUAUUUGUAAAUAAAAUGUUACGAAUACCGGUUCGAACUAACUUUACUCAAAAAACUUUUCAAUUGCGGAUGAAAUCAUCCAGUGGGUUUAUAAGGAGUACAUUUAUUGAUUAUUUCGUUAAUAAUCAUGGUCAUAAACAUAUAAAGUCGAGUUCAGUUGUGCCGCUGUGUGAUCCUACAGUCCCAUUUGUUAAUGCUGGCAUGAAUCAGUUCAAAGGAGUGUUUCUCGGGAUGGUAGACCCUCCGUUUCCUCGAGUGGUGAAUUCACAGAAGUGUAUCAGAGUGGGAGGGAAACAUAAUGACCUGGACCUCGUUGGUUUAGAUGGACACCAUCAUACAUUCUUUGAAAUGCUUGGAAACUGGUCUUUCGGUGAUUAUUAUAAGAAAGAAGCUUGCAAAAUGGCUUGGGAUUUGCUCCUGGGUCCAUACAGAUUAAAACCUGAAGACUUACUUGUCACUUACUUUGGUGGAGAUGUCACUAUUGGCCUCAUUGAAGAUAGAGAAUGUAGGGACAUAUGGAAAGAAAUUGGUGUGCCAUCAAGCCGUUUAAAAGACUGUGGGGCAAAAGACAAUUUCUGGGAGAUGGGCGCGAGCGGACCGUGCGGGCCGUGCACGGAGAUACAUUAUGUACACCCAGAUGGAUCACUCACGGAGAUCUGGAAUAUCGUGUUUAUACAGUGCAAUAGGGACACAGAUGGCUCAAUAAAGAGCUUGCGACGUCAGCACGUAGACACGGGCAUGGGUUUAGAAAGAGUAGCUGCGUUGCUACAAGGGGUCCCUAGUAACUACGAUACAGACCUGUUCCGACCAAUCAUAGCGGGUAUUGAGAAGAACAGUAAGAAUGUGUCCCCAUACGGUGGCAACUACGGCUCUGAUGCUGUACUGGACCAGCAGUAUCGCAGACUAGCUGACCACGCGAGGAUGAUCAGCGUGUGUCUGGCUGAUGGAGCCUUUCCGGCCACCAGUUUAAACCUCAAACAAAUAAUGCGCAAAACAUUCAAAAUGUGUUCCGACGUGUUCCACAAUCCACACCUACUGUCCAUUCUCUACAACCACGUGGCGGAAAGCCUCGGGGACACGUACCCUGAGCUGAUGAUGAAGGAAAGAGAUGCCAAACUCAUCUUAGAGUAUGAGAGAGAGAGUUAUAGUAAAAUGCGGAGUAACCUCGCUAAGAAGUGGAAGGAUCUGGUGAAACGGUACCCGGAGGUGGUGGAAUUUAGUGAUGUUGAGAUGGCAGGAUUUGCGCUAGGAUACAAGGAGCUUAAAGAGACCAUGAAAAAGCUGAAAUCAAACACAAUACCUGGAGAGUUAGUAUUCAAACUCUAUGACACGCAUGGCUUCCAAGAGGAAAUCAUUGAACGAAUCGCUACUUUGAACAAUCUAGAAAUAGACAAGAAGGGCUUCUGGAAACUUCUGCAGCAACACAAAUCGAGACACAAAACCGCAUUCAAAGAACAAUCUACGAAACAAGGAAUUUUAUUCGAUCAAGCGAUUGAAACUAUCCUAAAAACUGGUGUCAAACGCACUAACGAUCAACCGAAAUACGACUUUAAUGUGAUAGACAAUAGAGUGAUUUUCGAACCGCUAAAAACGAAAGUAGUAGCCAUUCUAAAUGAGAACAUUGAAUGGGUGGAUUUCCUCGAACCCUGCGAAAAUAGACCGUAUUACAUAGUAACAGAAAGCACAAAUUUCUAUACAGAAGCCGGGGGACAAGUGUCAGAUUUAGGCGUAAUAAAAUUCAACAAACACAUUCAAUUAAUAGUGGACAGUGUGUUCAAAAUACGCGAUUUCGUGUUUCACAAGGGACAUUUUAAAUUGCAUGAUAGUGAAAAUAAAUAUGUGAAUAAUACAAGUGAAGUGUUUUUAGAAGUGAAUAGUGAGAGACGUUUGAAUAUAAUGAGGAAUCAUACAGGUGUUCAUUUGUUGAAUGCGGCUAUGAGGCAAGUGCUUCCCGAUAGUGUGAUAGGACAAGUGGGGUCUAGUGUUAGUGAUGUGGGAUUCAGUUUGAGUUUGGUUGUGUAUGGGGAGAAACUGUCGCAAGCUGUUGUGUUGGAAGCGCAGGAAUUGAUUCGAAACGCCAUUAAAUCGGACGCAACAGUAGAUACGCGAGUAAUAGACAGCACGCAGUUGUCCUGCGAGGAUUCUGUGAUAACUGUCCCUGGAGAGACUUAUCCCGAGACUGGAUUGAGAUUGGUAUCUUGCUCGCUACCCUUGCUGUCUAAGGAGUUAUGUUGCGGCACACAUGUGCGUUCUAUACGAGAUUUACAAGAAAUAUGCGUGUGCAGUGUAAAGGGCGCGGCCACGCACACGCCCACAUUGCACGCACUUACCGGCGCACGCGCAGCGCAGACUCGCGAGCUAUUCUGCCGCGCGCAGAAACUCGCUCAAGUAGCGGAACUAGCGGACCCUGAGCAAGUUAAACAGGAAGUGAACAGUAUAAAGCAGCAGCUGGUGGCCCUGUGCGGGGGCGGAGCACCCUGCGGGGAGUACGCGGAGUGCCUGAAGUUGAUGGACACCCUGGUGAAGAGGGCUGGCAGUAAGAACGAUGGGGCUAUGCAAGCAAUGGCUGAAACAGAAAUAGUCGAAGCGUGCCAAGAAGCAGUCCGCGAGGGCCGUCGGUUCGUUGUCCAUUUCUUGCGCUGCUCCUAUUUGAUGCAACCGCACUCCGCUGCGCAUGCGCUCGCACACACACGCACAAGUACACGUGGUGACGUCAUCACACACACAGAGACGCACAAAAUACAAGAUCGCGCGGAUGUUACGCGCGCACGCAGUGACGUCACCGCACACACACUUACACACUCCAUAGAUGCGACACAAGAUGUAAUGCACACACGUGCGCCCGGACGCAGUAACGUCACCAUAGCCAAGAUUCAAGAUGGCGGUACGAAUGACGUCACAGGGGUGGGGGGAGGUGAUGACGUCACGGGGGAGCUGCCUGCGAUGUUGUUGGGGUGCGCGGGAGGCGUGAUCGUCGCUGUAGCUAGAGUGCCGCAGGAGCUGGUGAACAAAAACUUCACAGCGCAGAAGUGGCUGAGCUGCAUAUUGCCAAUUUUCCAAGCAGAGAUCGCUCCACAUGAGGGGCUGGAUACAAAAGCUCAAAUGAACGCUACUAAAGUCAGCCUUAUAAACUGUGAACAGAUGGUGCAAGACGCGAUGCGGGUCGCCAUUAAAUUUGCUCAAUGUCACUUGAAAGAUGUAGCCGUAGAUAAUAGAGUUAGGUCCAAUGAGAAUAGACAACAGAACUGAUGAAAUUAUCUAUGCAAUGUGGAUUUCGUUAUUUUUUUAACUUUUAUGUUAUGUGAAUCAGAAAUUAAUUGAAUAUGAGAAUUGUGUUUGUUUUAUGCACCUUGAAAAAGGGAUAUUGUAUAUACGACACGUAUAUACAUUCGAACGAACGAACGAACAUUGGUUCUUGUUAUUUUUGAAAGUGGGCAUAGAAUGCUGUUUCUUUAGGGCUGAUUUUUCAAUCCUUGGUUAAAACUUAAUCUUCGAAUAACGUAUUAAACUACCAUUUCAAAAAUGUAUUCUUAUUGUCCGUGAAAAUGUAGUUUACAGGUGACAUUUUAAAAUGUUCGUGUAAUACUUUACUGAACGGAUAAAUUUUAACCAAGGAUUGAAAAAUCGGCCUUAAAACAGAUUUGAUUUGGAAAAUAACUAUAAAAGUAUUGAUAUGAAAUGAAUAUCAAGUUAAAUUUAAUUAGUAUUAUAUGAAUUAAAUUAUGAUUCGGCUCAAUUACGUCUUGUUUUCAGGCAUCAUUUAUUAUUUAAGAUUCAUAGGAAAUCUACACAUAAUAUUGUGCCUCAGCAAUUAUUAUAAAACUCAAAUACACAAGAUAUUGGUCCUAUUCAACAUUGAAUAAAUCUGACCUAUCUGAGAACUCACUAAAUAGUUUUUAAGCUAUUGCAUAGCUUCUAUCGCGAGCCUUGAGCGCGGGGACCGAAUCGAGAAAUUCCGUAACGAAAAAACCUCACGCUCCCCCACA